UGUUCACAGCUUGGUGUGACCCGGCGGAGAGCGACGGGUGAGAGUCUGAAGCCACAGGAGAGUCAAUGUGACAGACAUGAAGAACCUGGACCAGUAUGGACACAAUCACAAGGAGAGUCUGGUGUUUGCCGCCCUGUCCGGUCUGGUGCUGGUUCCUCUGGUUCUGCUGGGCUCGGUCCACGGUUGCCCCGGUGAUUGCUCCUGUUACGGUAACACCACCGACUGCUCCUCCGCCGGCCUCCUGUCUCUGACCUCCGUCCUGGUGCUGUUGGACCGGGACUCUCUGAUCCUCCGCCUCCCCCAGAACAACCUCUCCUCCCUGGGCUCCACUGAGCUGAUGAACCUCAGCCGCCUGGAGCUCCUGGACCUCUCCCAGAAUCACUUUUCCGCCCUACAGCCCGGAGCGUUUUCAGACAUUAACGGCCUGCGAUUCCUCAAUCUUUCUUCCAACUACCUCGGUAAUCGCGUUUUUUCUGUCCCGAACAACACCACGGAUGUCCUGGAGGGUUUGAAUGGGAGUCAAGGGAGCGCCGGAUUGAGCAAGGACGCGUUCAGAGGGCUUUGGAGGCUACGAGGACUCGAUUUGUCCUCCAAUGGCCUCCUGUGGCUGCCCAAAGGUCUCCUGGACGGGCUGCAGAGACUCGACUGGCUCUCCUUGGCCAGUAAUCGUCUGGCGGCCCUGGAUCGGGUCACUUUCGAACCCCUGGUGGGGCUUCAGGAGCUCCGACUGGCAGGAAACCCUUGGGAAUGCGACUGCAAACUGAGGGAGUUCAAGCACUGGAUAGAGUGGCUGAUUUACAGGGGUGAGCACACUUCAGAUUCUCUGGAGCGAAUCCCUUUUAUUUUAAGUCUGUACUUCAAACGCAGCCUGAUCAAAGCAAUGAAUCUCUGCACUGUAUUUCAUUUUAGGAUUGACUGGUGCUCAAAAGAGUGCUUCAGUCUUAUGUCCUGA